AUGUCGGACGAUGAUUUCGGCGAUGAUGCUUUUCUUGUUGAUGAUUCAUUCCUACGAGAGGUAGACAACAUCACUGCUUCAGCCCAAACGGAACCAAAAAGUAACAAUCUCACUAGAUCGGUCUCCUUACACAACUCUCGUCCAGUCAAUACAAACAAUGUAUCGCCAAAAGGGUGGACAGGUGUUCAGCGUAGUCUUUCAGGACCCAGCUCGAAACCGGCGUUAAAGGUUUCCUCAUCCACCUUCUCCCCGACCGAAACUUUCAAGCCAAAUAACAGGCCCUUGGGUAUCAGCAAAAGACCGCCAAAUCUACCACCUCCACCUUCUUCUGAUGACUACGAUGUUAUCCCAUUGGAGCCUGACUCGAUCGCAGCUCUCGACUCACUCGCAUCCCGUCAUCCUCAUCCCCAUCAAACCAGCUCAGCGUCACACCGCUCGCAAGCUACAACGGCUCCUACGGUAUCUGCCUUGAAGACGGGCUUCGCUCCAACCAGCAGUGGAGCUGGUUUCGGACGGACUACGAGUACAGGUGGAGGAGGGACAAAUGGAUUUUUGCAGACUCAUCUGAAUUUUCGAAGAGAGAAUCAGACAACUAAAGGCAAGACUUGGGAUAGGACUCAAUUUGCUGAGAGUGGUCGUAGGGUCGGUGUCGAAAAGGGCAAAGGAAAGGGAAAAGGAAGAGCCAAGAGGAAAUCUCGAGAUUGGGAAGAAGAAGAAGAGGAAGACGAGGAGGAUGAGGAAGAAGACGACUGGGGCGAUGUCAUGGCUCCUGCUCCAAAGCCUUUAGUCGAUAUGACCGCCUCUUACGAACCUCAACGGCAUCUUCCCAAUUCAGCAACCAUUGGAACAUAUAUAUACCCCACUAAUCGGUCUAAGAGAGACUACCAAUACGACAUAAUUAGAGCGUGCUUCAAGGAUAAUUGUUUAGUCGCUCUGCCGACAGGAUUGGGAAAAACCUUUGUUGCCGGCGUGGUGAUGCUAAAUUUUUAUCGUUGGUUCCCCACUGGAAAAAUCGUCUUUCUCGCUCCUACGAAGCCAUUAGUCAAUCAACAAAUUGAAGCUUGUCAGCUUUCUUGUGGGAUCCCAAGCAAAGAUGCUGCGGUCAUGACUGGUUCAAGUGUUGGUGCAAAAGGAAGGGCCAGAUUAUGGGAAGACAGGAGAGUAUUCUACUGUACACCCCAAACGUUGGAGAAUGACCUGAAGAAAGGGUCCGUGGAUCCAAGAGACAUUGUACUGGCAGUUUUUGAUGAAGCGCAUAAGGCAUCCGGAGGUUACGCUUAUACGACUAUCCUGGCCUAUGUGACCGCUCAUCACCCUUACUUUCGAGUACUAGCUUUGACCGCCACCCCCGGAGCAGAUGUUCCUAAAGUCCAAGCUGUGGUGGAUGCAUUGCAUAUCUCUAGAAUCGAGAUUAGAGAAGCUGAAGCUCCUGAGAUCAAGAAAUACAUGAAUGAAAAGCGGACAGAGAGGCAUGUGGUUGAAAUGAAUGAUGUGAUAGAAGGAUUCCGAGACCGGUGGGCAACUCUCAUGAGGCCUAAUGUAGCUAAAUUAGUGGAUAAAGAAAUCUUAAACGAACGGGAUUUGGAUUGUAAACGUCUAAGACCAUUUCGACUGACAGCUAAAAGGAUGGAAAUCGCGAAAGACAGGAAUUCAGGACGGAGUUGGGCUUUUGGUAGUUUGACUGCAUUGGAGAAAAUGGCCAGAGCCAUGGGGAACCUUCUUGAAUUCUCUCUUGGAAUGUUUCAUACGACCUUGGUGGAAAUUGCAGGAGGUGUGAAUGCUUCUGGUAAGAAAAGUAACACAAAAGGAUCAGCAAAUUCCGUACGGAAUAAUACCGAAUUUCAAAAGCUAUUGCGAGAUGUAGAGAUUGAGAUGAAUAUGAUUAGAAUUGGUAAAGAUGGCAGAACAAAGGCUGAUAAGCAUCCCAAGAUGCAAACUACUUUAGAGUUGCUUCUUGCCCAUUUUACUCAAGCCGAAGAAGAAGAGACCACUCUUGGUCAGAGAAACGAUACAAGAGCUAUGGUUUUCUGCUCAUACAGGGAGUGUGUAUUAGAUAUCGUUGAAAUGCUCAAUCAACAUUCUGGACUUCUGAAAGCUACCAAGUUUGUCGGUCAAUCUCAAGGUAAACAAGAAGCCGAUAAAGGAUUCAACCAAAAAGAGCAGAAAAAGACGAUCAACGAGUUCAAAGAAGGCAAAUAUAAUAUCCUAGUGUCUACUUCUAUCGGUGAAGAAGGUCUUGAUAUUGGUGAAGUCGAUUUCGUGGUGAUAUAUGAUAUGCCCAAGCAGAGUAUCAAGUUGCUACAACGUAUAGGUCGAACAGGUCGAAAACGAGAUGGUAAAGUGCAUGUACUCAUGUCUGAAAAUAGAGAAGAUACGAAUUGGGAUACCGCUCAACAGACUCAUCGAGAUAUUCAGGAAGAAAUCUUGCAUUCCCGAAAUCUAGAAUUAUUCGAAGAUGUGGAACCUUUAUUACCAGAUAAAUUCCCUGAAUGUGUUGAACAAGAGAUGGAAAUUGAUCCAUGGGAUCCCGGAGAUAAGGCAUUUCAAAAACCUCUAAUGGAAGUGGAAAAACUAGUCAGGAAAAGUAAAGCCAAAGCUGAAAGAGCUGCUCUUGCGCAAAACCAAGGCAAAGGCAAAGGCAGAGGUAAUGAUGUACCUGAAGGUGCGGAAGGUUUCAAGAGUGUAGCUGAACUUUUGAGGGGAGCAGGAAAACUUCCUAAAAAGGGCUCAAACAGCGACGAAGACGAAGAUGAAGGUGAAGAUAACCUCGAUGAGAGGCCUAAGAAGAAGAAACAACCUGCCAAAGGGAAGAAAAGAGGAAGAGAACCUUCUCCUAUAAGAUCUGAGUCUGGAGACGACGAUGAACAGGAAAACUUGGAAUCAUUCUUCGCUGAGACUGAGAGCAGAAGCAAGUCCAAAGGGAAGAAAGUGGUCGUGAAGCGAACCAAGAAACCAUCAGAGAACACUUCAACCAAAUCGACUUCUCGGUCCAAAAAGGCGGCCUCUCUCGCUGAUAUAGAUAUGAACAUCCAUUCCGAAUCCGAACCUAACGUCCAACCGAAGAAGACAGACAAAAACGCACAGUCACGAUCAGGUCAGGAGAAGAGAGAUGCAUCCGAACGUCAAAGACAGAUGGAAUCUGACAGGAAAGCUUUAGAUUUCUUCAAUACCGCUGGGCCCGUUCGGAGAGGAAUGAGUAAAUCGCCAAUUAUCAGUCCUUCUCCCUCUCCUUCACGUUCUCCUUCCCCACUAAAAAGGAAAUCACUCUUACUGGCCUCACCUGGAAUCACCAAAGAUCUUACAAAUUACAACAUGGAUGGAAAUGAAAAAUUGACACCACGAACUGCAGCUGCGGCUGGGUUCAGUCAGAUUGCUCCAAUCGACUUAUCGUGGGACAUGGAUAUAGACGAAGAAGACCUUUCGCCCAUUCUCCGGAAAUCAACUAAUAACACAAAUAGAACUCCGGGUGGUACGAUGCUUCCCCCUCCAUUCCCAUCAGUAUCUAAAUAUUCCCUUCCGGAGUCAAGCUCACCUUUUGCUCCUUCCCAUCCUCUCGACAAUGCCUUGGAAACGGGAGUUUCAAGUACACCCGCGCCUCAAACUCAAUUCCCCGUGAGGGGAGGACCAAAAUUGGGUAUGAGAAGACCUAGACCUAUCGUCAUUUCCUCUGGGGGUAUUUCAGCAGAUUCACCUUUCAGAACUAAACCUCCGAGUGGCGUGAUCGUACCAAGUAGCGGACCCGACCCAGAAUCACCGCUCGUGAUGGGAAACAGACAGAGAAGGAGAGUAGUGGCAGCAAGUAGCUCGCCUGUGGUUGAGAGGUCUGAAGUUGUUGUUAGGAGAGGUGGAGGUAAUGCGAAGAAGAAAGAGAAGCGUAACAAGGGUCCCAUAGGAAAAUUCCUUGACAUGGAUGCAGAACUCUCAGGAUCAGAUUCAGGCGAUUCAUCUGAACAUUCCGAUUCAUCCAAUGCUUCUUCAUCCGACCUCAAAUUCGCAGGUAAUUUUCAACCUACGCAAGCUCCAAAAGGAUACAAUCAACGUGCUAUCUAUUUGGCUGGAUUGGGUACUCAAGCAAGAGGUCAUGGAUUAGAAUUUAAAAGGGAUUUCAAUGAUGCUAGAAGAGAAUUCUUAAGUAAAGCGAAAAAACCCGUUUAUAUCACUGACGAUGAAGAUGAUGAUGAUGAUGAUGAUCAUCAACGUGGAGUCGGACUCGCAAUGGGACGUCCAACAAAUGGAGGUGGAGGUACAAGAAGUAGUGAUAAUGAAUAUGAAUUGGGGAGUUUCGUAGUUGACGAUGAUGAUGAUGAUGAUUUGUAA